CGGCCCCAGGCGGGACAACUACGUCACGAAAGCCGCAUAUCCAGUCGUAAUUGUCCGGUGCGACCGUCCGCAGGUAGCGUUGGCCGUCGGCGGCGGCGGAGCCCGCCCGGCGCGCCGCGGCCGAGCGACGGCUGUGGACGACGGUUGACGGUCCGGCCGGCCGCAGUGACCCGACCACGCCCCGUCCGACCGAUGGCUGAGCCGCAGCAGCCGGCAUCGUUCGAGGCGGCGCUGGCGCUGGCCGGCGGUGAGGGGCCCUGGCAGCGCCGGCUACUGGCCGUGGCGGCCGUGGCGCCGCUCCUGCUCGGCCUGCACAGCCUGGCGACGGUGGUGCAGGCGGCUGCGCCCGAGCACUGGUGCGCGCCGCCGCCGGCGCUGCAGCCGCUGAUGCUCGACCGCCACCAGUACGUGCCGACCAUGGCCGGCGCCAACGGACAGCGCCUCCUGCUCCAGUGCAAUAUGUUCAACGUGACCUUGGCGGCCGACGGCACGCUGCUCAACGACAGUGCCCUCGUGCCUUGCAACAGCUGGCAGUUCGACCUGACCCAGUACGGCACGACAGUGACUGUCGCUUGGGAGCUGGUGUGCUGGCGCUCUCCGCUGGUCGCCAUUGAACAAUCGUCCUUCAUGCUGGCCGUGCUGGUCGGCUUCAUGCUGUCGGGUGUGCUGAGUGACGCGCUGGGGCGGCGGACGGUGGCCAUGUGGUACGGUCUGCUGACCCCUGUGGCCAGCCUGGCCGUAGCCGCGGCGUCCUCGCUGACGGUGUUCAUGGUGUUGCGCGCCCUACUGGCGCUGGCCCUGCCUGGCCUGUUUGGUUCGCUGAUGGUGCUCUGCUUGGAGACGGUCUCCCCGGAAGCUCGUGGCCUCUACGGCAUCGUGUUCCAGAUGCCGGUGGCGCUGGGUCUGAUGCUGACGGCGGCAGCGGCGUAUGUGACCAGCAGCUGGCUGCUAGCCACGCCGCGCAUGCGCCGCAUCAGUCUGGCCAGUUUCUGGUGCCUGUUCGUGGACGGCCUGGUGUCGUACGGCAUCGCCGAGGACGCGUCACAACUGGGCGGCGACGCGUUCACGGCGUUGCUUCUCUCGGGCGCCGUCGAGCUGCUGGCCGACUUGGCCGUGCCGGCCGGCGGCGGCUGGGCGCGCCUUGGGCUGGCCAUGACCGCCCGCUGCACCGUCGCCGCCGGCCUCAACGUGUUGGCGUUCUACUCGGCCGAACUGUUUCCGACGCCGCUGCGAAGCACGGGGUUCGGCGCCGGCGCCACCGUCAGCCGGCUGGGCGCCGUCGUCGCGCCGUUCGCUGUCCACGCCGCCGGCCGCGCCUAUUGGGGCGCGCCGUCGUGCACCUUCGGCGUCUGCGCACUGACCGCGGGUCUGGUGGCGCUGCUGCUGCCGGAGACGCGCGGUCGACGGCUGCCCGAGUCGGUGAAGGAGGUGGAGGCCGAAUGGUGAGCCUGAGCCGCCGCGCCGGCGGUCGGAGCCUGCCGGUGAGCGCACGGACGCGACACGGGCCGCGAGAAAGACAGCUGUCGAGCGGCGCAGACUGGCUGAUACUUUUAAUGAGAGUGUCCUCCCACCUAUUGUGUACUUUUCACUUAUUGUUACAUCAAACGCGUUUGGUUUUAUCAGAAAUGCCAGUUUUCUCGGAAUCAUUGUAAAUAGCUCAGAAUUUCAUUUGAACUUGCCGACCCCGCAAGAGAAGUCUCAUUUGGCUCCGCUCACCACCACCAAGUCAAUGCAUUUCAUCUGUCCUGUUUUUCCAACGUGUGUGUUCUGUUACGCUUGCAGCACACUAUGUAACAGGUCAAAUGUUUAUGUAAUA